GAAAAACGAAUCUCCAUUAAAGAGGGAGACAAACGGAAGUGUUGAUCCUCUUUCCUCCGCAACCAUUACGUUUCUUCUAUUCCUGAGAAACACUACUCCGUCACGAUUCAAAGUAGCAUUUUCAAACAUAGAUCGUUACUAGUUCUUGUCCAUUUCGAAAUCCCGAAAACCAAUCCGAUUCUUCUACAAUUCCUUUCCCAUUUCCUUUUCAUUUUUCCAUAGAGAAUUGGAUUCUGUAGAAACGUAGGAUGGAAAAUGCAGAGAAUUGAACGACUAUGACGAGUCUCUGUGAAGUGGGUACACACAGUUGUAGGUGUAGUACGAGAAUUGUGCAACAAAACCCACGAAACUUUGAUGCGAGAUGGAUGAAUUUCCGGGGGGUUUGGGGUCCAGUGCGAGCUUGGCUCUGAGAUUGGGACAAGCCAUCUUCUCCAUUGCUUCUCUGCUCUUCAUGUGUUUGGAUGUUGAGUUCUACAGUUACACUGCUUUCUGCUUCUUGGUAACAAUCAUGGCUCUGUUGAUUCCAUGGAGCAUAACCUUGGCAUUGGUGGAUGCGUACUCUCUCUUUGUUAAACGUCCAUCUCGUCAACCAGGAAUAAUGUCGAUCAUUGUCAUAGGAGAUUGGGUUCUGUCAUUUCUGUCACUCGCUGCUGCCUGCUCGUCAGCUAGUGUGAUAGAUAUCCUGAUGGCUUCUGGUGGAUCCUGCAGUGCGAAGUUAUGCAGUAGAUAUCAACUGUCUGCUGCUAUGACCUUCUUGUCUUGGUUUCUAGCAUUAGCAUCCUCUCUCUUCAAUUUUUGGCUUCUCCCUUCUUUGUAGCACCUAUACACGUCCGGCUUUGGCUUUGCCAUCUAUAAGAAUUAAAUCUAAUGGCUGCUGUUGAGAAAGUCUUGGUUGCUUAGAUUUUGAUAUUUUCUAUAAUGAUUGUGUUUAAUAGUUGCAGAUUAAUAUUGAGUUUUUACCAUGAAUUUUGAGGAAUGAGUCAGGUUCACACGUCGGACGUGUCAAAUUCCAAAUAGGACACUGAUGAUAAAAGGGCAGACCGACACAAAUAAAAAUUUGUAUUAUUUUAAAAAUAUUUUUAGGUGCUUGUCCAUUUAAAAGUGUCAGAACACAUAUUUCGUAUUCAUGUUUGAGUAUCGUGUGUUUAUUUUACCUACUUUUGAAGAGUGCAUGUGUAAAUAGAGAGUAUGUUAAUGCCACCAUUGCCACUCCUACACUGCCUGGUUUGUAGCUGUCCUGUAAGUCCCAGCCCAAGCCUACCCAGACUGAUGUUAAAACUGUAUUGGAUAUAUUUUACUGCUUUUCAACUGGGAUAUACAAUUAGUGUGGAGUAGUUCUAUUUUAAUUUUGUAAAACGAUGCAAAGAAAUUCUCCAUGGUUAAAUGAGGUAGAUUUGUAAUAUAUAUAUAUAAUUCCUUUUUCAGAAAGUAAGUGUAUAAAUAAGAGAAAUAAUAGCCAGCCAAGGAGGGCACGAGACCAAACAAGAUCAAGGAUACAAUUGGGUUGGCCCAAUUAAGACCUAAUCCAAACCAAAACAAAGCCUAAACAGGCCCAAAUCAGGCAUGGAGAAGAAGCAGAGUCCUAUUCAAAUAACCGUUGACAACGGAAACCAUGGUGACCGUUAUCAAUGAAUAUUCAAUCCUCCGGUUAUCUCCGAUUAGUGUAGUCAGGAGGUCUCGGAGGAGGACGAGUGCAGGCAGUCGAUACACCCCAAUCAAUCAGCAAGCUUCGGGAUUCUUCACUCUUUCAGAAUUUCAGUGGAUAGCUAGGAAACAGAGGAGAUAAUUCCAUCAAGCACUGUGUAGCCGCCGUUUAUGAUUCUGUUGUGUAUAUUUUGCUUCUCUGCAUGCAUUUAUUUCAUAUGAAAAGAAAGGAACAAGGGUACCUUUGCUGGAGCGCAAUCAACACCUUGGGCGAUUUGGAAGUUCAUUGAAGGAUGUAUUCGAAGCCGCCUUCUCUGUAUCAAAUUUGGGGACUCCAGAAGCUCGAGGACUGUCAAGGCCAACUCUGCUCCUAGCAACUGAUUUGAAUUCUUUUUGCUUUUCUAUCUUCUUGCUCCAUAGUUUGUCUAUGGUAGCUUUUGAUUGCUGGGAAGCUUUCUUUGCCUUUUGGGCCUUUUUGUUUUGGGCUUGCUUUUUGUACCGUUUUUAUUUUUUUAUGUUAUAUGAGACAAUCCGGAUAGAAAAUAUUUUGAUUUGAAUUGUAUGAGAUUAUGCAUGAACCACUGCAAUUCAAAGGCUUGAUAGCUCUGAUCCACUCUAGCUUUGGUUUUGGUGGCUGUCA